AUGCAUAGAUAUUAUAUACACUUAUACUCUCGAUGUCAAGAGCUAUUAUAUUCCUCGCAAAGUACACGAAAGCUAUCGAUCACUAUCCAAAUGACUCUUUUAAAAGAUGUUUACAGAUCAGUCAAAAAAUACUUUCCGUUUAGAUCUAUAACUUCAAGAGGAAUACCCCAUGAGAGCCAGGUCGUGGUUGAGCAAUCAGAUGAAACAUCAUUGCAGGGUGAUUUGAAAGACGAAGGCAACUGGCCUAAAAGAAUUGUUUCUGGGUUGCAACCAACAGGAGCACUGCACAUAGGCAACUACUUUGCAGCUGUACGCCGCUGUGUGCAAUUACAGGAACAUGGCCAUGACGUCAUGUUGUUCAUUGCUGAUUUACAUGCUCUAACUACUAAACAGACAUUUUCAAUCGAAGAGCACACUCUGGACCUCACGGCGUAUUUGAUGGCGAGUGGCGUGGAUCCUGCCAGGACGAUACUUUUCUCGCAGUCUGCGGUGCCGCGCCACGCAGAACUGUGUUGGGUUCUGACCUGCCUUGCCACACAAGCGCGCCUUGCACAUUUGCCACAAUAUAGGGAGCGUACAGCGAAAGGGGGCGAGCUCGCCGCACAACUCGUUCGCACCUUCCAUCAUCGUUAUGGUCGCGUUUUCCCCACGCCGCGAGCCCUUCUACCUGUCGACGGCAGCGAUCGAAUAAAGAGCUUACGCGAUCCUAGUAAAAAGAUGUCAAAGUCUGAUCCAGACCUCAAGUCCAGAAUUAUGCUUUCGGAUUCUGAUGAGAACAUACAUCUGAAAAUUAGAAAAGCUGUUACUGACUUCACCCCACAGGUGACAUUUGACCCAGUUUCUCGUCCAGGUGUAUCAAACCUAGUGACAUUACAUUGUCUGGCGCAAGACAAACUGCCAGAAGAAGUGGUUCAAGAAGUGGAAGGUUUGACGACGGCGCAGUACAAGCGUGUCGUGGCGAGCGCUCUUUGCGACGCGUUAGGGCCAGUGCGUUCGAUGGCCACUGAGUUACGUGCUCGACCCAGAUUACUGCGCGAUGUGCUCAAACACGGGGCCGCACGCGCUCGCCUUCGUGCGGAUGAGGUCUACGGCGACGUCAUGAGCUCGCUCGGUUUAAGCUCUCUCUCGUCUCGACUAAUCACCACUAGCAAUACCACUCGAACCCUCAAUGCCCGCUCGAGAUGA